CAUAAUAGCAUGGAGACAACUACUGUGGUCGAGGAAGCUCAUCACAGUUGCAGUUCUAAUAUUGUCGUCAAGUCUGUCGAAUCACCCAUAAAAAACGACAUAAUAUCCAGAGAUCUCGUCAAUGCUGAUGACAUUGAUACUAGGAAGUGUGAACAUUUUUCUAUCCGUGAAUAUGCAUCUGAGAUGCGCAAGAAAGACUGGAAGAAAAGCUGGCCAUUUGCAUUAGAUGGUGGCCAUAAUAUAUUAAAAGAACAAAGCUGUAAGCUUCCUCCUUUACUUGUUCCGAAGUUCAGAUGGUGGUGUUGCCAGAACUGUCUGCCGGAAACUGGGACCCAAUGCAGUAUAAAUGAAGAAAGAAUUGUUACUAAUAAUAGUAGCAAAUUGAAAUCCUUUGGCUCCUGUCCCCAUAUGCCAUCCCUAGGGGAUGCUGACUCAAGAAAAUCUGGUGCUAUUGCUUGUGUGAAUGUUAAUAGCAGUGCCGGUCAUCCUUUAGUUAGUGAUAAAAGUGAAAAGAAAGCAGAAAAUGCAGAUAUACACGCCAUAGGGAAAACAGAUACCUUAGAGAAUAACAAUAAUAAGGAAAUCCAUAUUUCAAAUUAUGCUGGAAUAGAAGUUAUUUCUAGCCUUAUGCGGAAAACACUCCGUUUAGGUGAAAAAGUGGCUUCUCUGCAGCUUCAUAAUCCCAAUUUAAAGGAUAAUGAAAUUGCCAGUCCCAAGCUUCCUGAAUCAUAUGCGGAGUGCAUAGUUAAGGAUGCCACUGAAACACGUCAAACAGGAAAAUAUGGAUGUGAUCAACAGAUGGAGUUGGUGAAAGGUUCUGAAUCCCAUGGGAUAGCGAGUAUGGUUCAUAGGGUUCCCAAUGCUAUCAAGACUCAUAGAGAUGAACAUCCUUCAUUGGAAUUAGAUGAUUGUGAUUAUGCAUCGUCUGAAAGUGAUGAGGUAUUGCCUGGAGCUGUGUCUGGCAGCUUACAUCGAAGAAAAAACCGUAAGGUGCGUCUACUGACUGAAUUGUUGGAUAAAAACAAAGAUGAAAAAACUAAUCUCACGAGUGCUGAAGAUUCUCCUUCUAGUACCAUUCCUGAUGCAUCUAUAGGCAUAGAUUCAAUAUCUGCUUCCCAAGGUCAGAUCAAUUUCCAAGGAAAUGCUUGUAGAAAGAAAAGAAAGAUGCCUCAGGAUGAAGAAUGGGUUCCUGGGGAGUUUAUGUGCUCUCCUGGUAAUGGGCAUAAAAACCUUAAGUCCUUCAACAGAGAUGCAGAAACUGCUGAUGGAAUCACAAGUUCUGAUUCAGAAGGUACAAUUAACAGAAGCAGUUCACAGACUCCAGCAAAGAGCAAUCUGGUUAACGCUAAAGUAUAUAAAACUUCUAUUCUAGGAAAGAAGAAAAAUAAAAAGACCCAGAAUUUUGAUGAAUUUCCGUCCUUGCGCCUGUCACGAGAAAAUCUGCAGAACGAAAGACAGAAAAAGCCCCUUGGAGAUAUCACUAAGACUGAUGCCACUGAUAUUGUUUUGAACAAAUCCAUUGAUGUAUCUACAAGCAGUGGGUUAAAUCCCAUUCCCGAAUUUGCUGCGAAGGCAGAGAAAAAAUCUAAUCUGUUGAAGAAAAAGAGCAAGAUUCAUCAAGAUCAUGAUUGGCAAGCUUCUCGAGUUCCUUGGAACAAUGGCAUUCUCAGAGAAGGUCCGAUUUCGAGGAAAGAUGUAGAAAUAAGGCAAACUGGGAAUGUAGCUGUUCCGCUUGAAGUAACCUGGGAUGCAUCAGCUGAAAAAGGACUGGAAUGUUCUCUUAGUAAUUGCUUGCCUGUUAAAAGAUAUGAUGCAAAAUAUAGCACUCCAAUCAGAGAUGGACAAGGGCAAGUUCUCAGUGAAUACAAUACCAAGAGGAAAGAUCUAAACAUGAACUAUGUUUCUCAAGCUGGUGCCUACGAUUGGAAGGGAAUGCAUGUUGAUCUCAACAGUAAUCAAACCACGUACAAGAUACCGUUCCUGAAUGAGAAGCAGGACAGAUCUCCUGCUGAAGUUGGGAGUUCUUUGAUUCGGCUAAUGGAUUUCAGUGGUACAAGAAACAAUGGGAAAACUGUGGAGUUUCAGGACCAUGUGAUAGUUUCUAGGGAACAUUAUGAUAAACGUGUUGAAAUGGCAUCUGAGCAAGGAUCUGUAGAUGACAUAAUGGAAAUUGCUGAACUCAUGGCAAAGAAUCAGUAUGAAAGGUGUCUUCCUGAUACUGAAAUUGAUAAACAGUUACAAACCAGUAAUUCCAAAAAUCAUCAGCUGGUGGAUCUCAAUAAAGCAUAUGGAAAUGAAGAGAUGAACCUGUUUCAAGAGACCACUGAUAAAUCGAAACCUCAAGGUAAAAACGGAAGAAUUGACAAAAUUUUAAGAGGGGAUACUGUGGGAUCUAGCAAACAAAAGUCAGUGGAUUAUUUCUCUCAUAUGAGCCGAAACCACUGCAGCAUGAACCUAUUGGAACAAAGAUAUUCCCCUGCAGGCUUUAAGCCUUUUCCACUAUGUGGAGAGAAGCCGUUGAACGGAGUCCAAUUUUCUGCCACCAAUUCCAUCAAGCAAAACAGAUCUCAAAAUUGCCAGUGGGUUGGAAAUAUGGCCGGGCAAAAAACUUAUCAUGCUAAUGUGCAGGAGUUGGGAGUUUGUAACACAUGCCAUAGAGCUCCACAGAAGAACAAGGAAGUGGCUCACCUAUGGCCAUCCAUGAUGCCGAAUAACUUGCCCUAUAUGCUUAGCAUCCCUAGCAAGUGUGCAGAUCAGGUGACAAAAUUAGAUGUGCUUAGACAUUGCACCAGCAGUUUACCUGAGGGAUAUAUGUGUCAAAAUGAUGAUAGGAACUUCUUGGAUCGGGGUACAAACUAUGAGAAGCAUUGUAGGAAGUUCGAUUCUGAAGCGCUUGGCAGGACACAUGCAGAUUACUCGUUUUCUUGCAAACAUAACGGGACAGGGUCGUUAGAUCUGUAUUCUAAUGAAACCAUACCAGCCAUGCAUUUACUCAGCCUUAUGGAUGCAGGGUUACAGUCAGGGGCACCCGUUGAUGUCGAUGGAAACCAAAGGUUCGUUAAGAAAACUCCCUUUCUUCCUGGUCAAAACGAGUUUUCAAGCAUGCCAUCUGGUGGAUAUAGAACCAAUUCAAUGAAACAUCCAUCAUUUGAUUGCUACGGUAAAAGCCACUUACCCGGGAGUUUCUGUGAGUGUAUGUCAGCCACUGCAGCAGUUGGUCCUUCUACCUCUUCAUUCCAGCAUGAUAAAAUUUUCAAGAAAGCACCUGAAUUUACAGGUCAGUUAUCGCUGAAGUCUAGAGAAAAAGUGAAGAAAAAAUACUCAGACUCACAAAGGCAGAAUAAAAACCACAAAUCUCAAAAAGAUGUAUCUUCAAAUAGUGGCUUAAGCACAACUUGUGGAUCUAUUCCUGUUCAUAGUAUGCCGAAAUUGGCACUUAGGAAUUCAGAAUUUAUGAUGUCUUCCGAUAAGCUUCAUGCCAUGGAGAGUGCAACAAAACAGAAGCAGAAGGCCCAUACUUCGAGCGGUACUCUUUUUCAUCCAAAGAGUGGUUCAGAGAAUGGAAUCUGCAGCAUUAAUAGAAACCCUGCUGAUUUUACUGUGCCUGGAGCUGCAAAUAUUUACAUGACCGGUAGUGAAGACCUGAAAUUUGGAAGGGAAAAAGCUCCCUCGUCUGGUUCGGCAAAAUUGGCUGGACACAAGCGUCUGAGGAAGCUUACAGCUAGAAAAGAGCUUUCACGAAAUCGAACUUCAUGAUACUUUUCUAUUUUCUGGCAAAAUCCGAGUCACCUUCUCCGAUACCACAAAACAAAGAAAAGCUUCAAAGCUUCAUCAAGUAUCAGACAUCAAAGCAGUCAUAUUUACCACUCAAACUAAUAUUAUUCUACUUGCACUCGCGUUUUCCGUUUCCAAGCCUGAGGACAUAAAAGAGAAAAAGAAUGAAGUUAUGUCCAUGGUAAGGCCUGUAAAUAUUCGCCUAUGCCUCACCCUGCACACUCUUCCUUACAUAACAUACCAACGGAAAGUAAUCCGUGUUGUAUGCUGGUGUUGUCCUGAAAUAGUGUUUGUAAAACCUAAACAUUACCCUUUAUUAGUACUCAGAAGUGUGUGUUUGUGAUUUAAAUAAGUUGGUAUAUGCUCCUUUGUUGAGCUAGUUAUUGAGAGUUGAAACAGAACAGGCAAUCAGUCAAAUAUAAUACCCCCUACAGGGAUAGUAUACCCUUUGUUGUUAGCAAUUUAUUCAGCUGUAAUUUAUAUAGCUCUUUGACGAAGAAAAGAUAAACAGAUGCUAUCCUCUGAUGCCUACCUUUAUGA